AUGUUUGAGUGGUUUAAAUCUAUCGGCUCGAGUCGCCCCCAAGAAGAGAAAACAUGGGAUGCCACUACCAUGACCAUGCAACAGCCGUCAAGUUUGGAAUCAAUGACUGCUACCCCGUCAGAGGUCUCGACUCAGCCUACUCAAACUGAGAGUAUGGAUAUGAAGAUUCGCGGAGGAGGCCCCAUAGAUGCUUGCUAUGCUGUGGUCUGGCCUGCUUUGAAUGCUGCAAUUGCUGUUGCUGUUGUUGCUAGUGAUUCAUUUGCAUGA